AAAGAAGUCAGUAAGCCAGUGAAACCGGAAAUGUCAGCCGAAUGACUGCGAAGUAGACUGCAUUACAUCUCCACUUUAAAAUACAUGAUGGACUGCUAACCUAAAGGAAGAAACAGUCAUAUAACAUCUUCAAAGUGCAAACUGCAAAUAUGACAAAUGUGUACUCUUUCGAUGGCAUCCUGGUGUUUGGACUGCUGUUCAUCUGCACGUGUGCGUACCUCAAAAAGGUGCCUCGCCUCAACAGCUGGCUGCUGUCGGAGAAGAAAGGAGUGUGGGGAGUCUUCUACAAAGCUGCAGUGAUUGGGACGCGGCUCCACAUUGCCGUGGCGGCUUCCUGCCUGGUCAUGGCUUUCUACGUGGUCUUCUUGAAAUGAUAGAAUUAGACCGGAAUGAAAGGACUGGAUGGGUGCGGGCUGGGGAUGGACUCAUCUCAGUGGUUGUGUCAUAAUCCUUGUCAAGGGACACCUCUUGGAUUAUGUGACCGAUGAAGCCCCAUUGCCCUGUGGACCUAUGUGAAAGACAAGCCAGUGCUGCCCCCUUCUGGUGACUGGGUACAUAACUCCUCCCUUAAUGUGUGUGCACUACACUACAGUCAUGAAGACAUGAAGAGCAUCCUGAAUCUACUCCACAGUUACUACAGAGGAGAGAGCCUGAUGGGUCACAUGGUAUCAUUCUGUUGUUGGGUAAUACUGUUUGUUGUCUCCAUCCACACCCUGUAAUUGUUUAUAUUGAAGGAUGCAGAAUACGGAAGGGCAGUGUGUGAAAGGUGUAACAUUUUUGCAUUAUACCUGUAUACAACCUAAAAUUAGCCUAGCUGUAUAUAUUUGGAAAAAAAUAUGACCAAUAAAGAUUUGCCAGAGAUUAUGUGUGAUCAAAUUGAAAAUAAUCAAUUCUGCUUGCUCCCAGCUAUGCCGUCUUCUUUCAACGGUGAGGAGAUAAACAAAGCUAAUAUAUAAAGUAGUUUAUGUGUACACUAUAUUUUACUCUCUUUUUUUUUGGAACGGGGGGGGCAUCUCUUUUCUUAACAGUUCUGUUGGGCAUCUCUUAAUUUUUUUCAUGUUUGAAAUACACAUUUUUGCACAGGUGUAUACUGUACUUAUUCCAACUCAGUGCAUCUUAUUUGGAUAACAAUGUUUUUAAUGUCACAGAUUGUUACAAAUUGGCCUGUAGGUUACUUAAGAUUUUUUAUCACAAUUGUAGUGUCACAGAGAGAAGAGUAAUAACCUAAAAAAGAGGCAUAUCUCAACAUUAUGAACAUUGCAUAACUGUAUCUGACUUGCCUGAAGAUUUAAAUGCAAUGCCAAAUAGUGAUGGUGCUUCUUAUGCCAUCUUCAUUACAUGCUGUUAUUCUAAGUUUAGUAAUGCCACCUUAUUUUUUAUUAUUGAAAGAAGAAAAUGUUUUGGGAAGGGAUGCAAUGUAAUUUUGAGUAAAAUGUUCAUCACACAAUGUCUGUGUAUGUUGUCUUUAUAUAACAAAUGUCAGGUUUCAAGUGACAUACAGUGCCUAUAAAAAGUAUUUACCCCA